AUCAACGGUUGCCUUGGCAGCCGUUGACGUCACGCCUCCCCACCGUGUCCCUGCUCCUGGGGCUGGUGAUGGGAGGGAAACCCCGUUGAUGGGAGAGACAGACUGAAUGAGAAUCAGCUGUGUUGUCGGAGGAAGAACACUAUUAUUUCACACAUUAAGCUCGGAGCAGCCAUGGAGAAGUGCGACGCGGAGCAGAAGGCCACGCUGGUGCAGAAGGCCAAGCUGGCCGAGCAGGCGGAGCGCUACGACGACAUGGCCGCCGCCAUGAAGAAGGUGACGGAGCUGGGCGAGGAGCUGUCCAACGAGGAGCGCAACCUGCUGUCGGUGGCCUACAAGAACGUGGUGGGGGCGCGCCGCUCCUCCUGGAGGGUGGUGUCCAGCAUCGAGCAGAAGACCGAGGGCAGCGACAAGAAGCAGCAGCUGGUCAAGGAGUACCGGGAAAAGAUCGAGGAGGAGCUGAAGGAGAUCUGCGGGGACGUGCUGGGUCUUCUGGAGAAGUACCUCAUCCCCAACGCCACUCCCGCCGAGAGCAAGGUCUUCUACCUGAAAAUGAAGGGGGACUACUUCCGCUACCUGGCCGAGGUCGCCGUGGGAGACAACAAAACCUCCACCAUGGGGAACUCGCAGGACGCCUACCAGGCCGCCGUGGACAUCAGCAAGACGGACAUGCAGCCCACCCACCCCUCCGGCCCUGGCCUGGCCUCAAACUGCGUCGCCCUUCACGAGAUCCUAACUCGCACCGACCAGCCGCAAACUGCCAAAGAGGACUGCACCUCCACCCGCACAGCGUUCCCAUCUCGCCGCUCUCUCUUCCAGGCUUUUGACGAGGCCAUCGCCGAGCUGGACACGCUGAACGAGGAUUCGUACAAAGACAGCACGCUGAUCAUGCAGCUCCUGAGGGACAACCUGACGCUGUGGACCUCAGACGCCCACGGAGACGGAGAGGAAACCGAGGAGGGUCGAGAGAACUGAGCCCCGCCUCCCGACUGCCUGGCUGCCUGCCAAUCACACGUCAACACUGAGACCGCCUCACCUUCCCGCUGUUCUCUAGGGCUCCCAGCAGCCUCUGUUGCUUCUCUUCUGUUUGUGCAUGCGGGUGUGUGUGUGUGAUUAUGUGUGUGUGUGUGUGAUUAUGUGUGUGUGUGUGCGUGUCUGUGUGUGUGUUUGUGCGUGAAUGUGUGAGCGCAUGUGUGUGUGUGCAUGCGUGAGUGUGUGCGCGCUUGUGUGUGUGCAUGCAUGUGUGUGUGUGAGUGUGUGCAUGUGUGUGAGUGUGUGUGCAUGCGUGUUUGUGUGCAUGCAUGUGUGCGUGUGAGUGUGUGUGCAUGUGUGUGUGUGUGUGUGAGUGUGCGUGCAUUCAUGUGUGUGUGUGCGCAUGCGUGUGAAUGUGUGUGCAUGCGUGUGUGUGUGCAUGCAUGUGUGAGUGUGUGUGCAUGUGCAUAUGUGUGUGUGUGCGUGCAUGCAUGUGUGUGUGUGAGUGUGUGUGCAUGCAUGUGUGUGUGUGUGUUUGUGGCGCAGGGUGGGCUCAGAAAGGGCGGGGUGCGGGGGGGUAUGCGUGUCGUCAUUGUUUUUUUCCUCGUUACUUUGUAAGAAUGAUACGGGCUUUGCGGAAACCGGGGGUUGGGGUGGGUCCAGUUUAGUUAGUUUAUAUUUGUACAUCAUGUGAAACGUUGAAAGUGUUUUGACUUUGUUGUUUUAUGCAUCUGUGGUUUACAUCAUGAAGCCUACAUGAUCGUUUGUGAUUCCAGGGGGGGCGGAGGGGGGGGGGGGGGGCGGUGGGGGGGUUUGUCACGGAACUAGAAAAUCGACAGAAGGGCCAUCGAAACAAAACCAAAUGACUGUCGAGCACUAAAACGGUAACCACGGGCAGCAGAGGAAGGAAACGUUCUGUUUGUCAUCUGCUGAAGCUCAUUUCUCAGCUUGGGUGACUUGCAAAUUUGUGGGGGGGGUUUUUUUUCUUCUCUUUCCCCCCCCAAGUGUAACGGUUACAAGGUAUAGAUAUAACCUAACCUAAGAACAAAGAAAGCACCUGAUAUUAUUUGGAACUUUAAAUUAAAUGAAAUUAAAUAUUGUAUAUUGAGCAGAACUGUUUAAAAGAUUACCUUGUGCUUAUCUAGUCAUUACUGUUUCAUUAUUAUUAUUAUUAUUAUUAUUAUUAGUAUUAUUGUUCUGCCCCCCCCCCCUUGUUUCUUUUGAUACUUACCUAAAUGCAUGUGGCUGAGGAUAGCUAUUGGGGAGGGUACGGAUAUUGCUGUGAUAGGCUAGCUAGUUUUCAUGUCUGGAAUUUUCAUACAAAACACCCAAACAACUGUUUGGAGGGGACAAUGUAAUUUCAUGUACGUGAAAUAAUAAAAAAAAAAGAAACUUAAA